CCGUUGCUUCAAGCCGAGGGGCGAGGGGUGGGGGCUCGGAAAACCUACGUGUCCGUGAGAAUCAAAUGAGCAAAGCCCCCAGAAUGCAACGAGUUCUACACAGAAUGUUAAAAGGGAAGGAAGACAAAUGCAUUGGAAAAAACAUGUAACUGGGCUAACAUUUUGCUUUUUUUUCGUGCCGUCAUAUUUUACAAAUAAGUGCCGCUUCAAAUUCUUCAUUCAAGUCGGCCUAUAGUAUGUCCUGUCUGUUUUGAAAUUCACUUAUCCAACCCUGUUUCAGGGAUGGCAGACAUUAAUUGGCGUGCUUCUGCUGCUUCUGUCAGGAAAGCUUGGAUGGGUGGAGAUGAGCAGUUUUUCAAGGUCUGCAGCUCUCUCCUGGCUUCCGGGCUCACUUCUGUUUGUAGGAAACAUAUAUGCUGGGUCCAGAGCCUUAGCAUGCCUUCCCAUUGCUUUCUUCUUCACUCUUCAUAAUGCCUCUGAGGUGGUAUAUGUCUUUAUGGAGAGAUUGAUUAAAAGAGAUGGAUUUACAGAGAUAUCAGGGAUGAAGGUUAUAAGUGUGAGUGUGGUGCUGCUCUCUGCUGUCAGCCUGCCCCUUCAUGACCCCCAGUUUGACCAAGCUGGUUACACAUGGGGCGUGAUCCACCUGUGCUCUCUUGGUGCAUACAGAGUAUUCCAGACCCAUUUCAAACCCAACCAUCUAAGUGAUAUUGAACAACAUUAUGUCAACUAUUUGAUCAGUGUGCUGCUUCUAGUCUUAGCGGCACAUCCAACUGGUGACCUCUUUGGGGCCUGGAAAUUUCCCUUUCUCCUGUCCCUACGAUUUCAAAGUGGCUGCUGUGCCAGUGCUCUGCUGGGUUUUUUCCUGCUGCUGGCAACUGUCAAAUUAAAGAGUGGUUUGGCCUCUGAGCAGUGCAACAUGUGGAUCUUUCUGUCCAAGGUGAUGGCCAUUUGCCUCUCACCAUUUGUGUUCAUAUCUGAUGUCAAUACACCCUCCCUGGCAUGUGUUGUCUUCAGCCACAUUGGAGAGGUCCUGCUGGUCUACUCUGACAGGAUUCUGCGAUGACAAGUGUCACUACCUCUGUACAUGCACUUCCAUUAUGAUAAUUAUUUUAUCACUAUGAAUCCAAAUGACAAAUGUUUGCGCUUUGGAGUUUACCAAAAUUACAAUUUUCUUUGCUAUUUUAUAUUACGUACUUGAGGUGAAUUUGACAGCAGAAAUGAAUGAGAAUCUUGAGUCUAUUUGCGUCAUUGAUGAAAGCAUUUAAUUCUGACAAGGGAAGUAAACCCAUCUUGGUUCCCAUUCUACACAAGAACCAACAAUAUGGAAAAUACAAACCUGCGCUAGGUGGGGACACAUUACCUCACAGACUCGUAACAUGUUUAAUCAUUGAUGUUGUUCUUUGACUUGUAAGCCCUUUUAAUGGCCAUGCAAUGGUUCCUUUGCUCCUUCUUUGGGGAAGAGAUGGCAUUGGAAACUGGUAUGCAAUUAGUUUUAUUGAAAAACAUGUUACAACUAUAACAUCAAUUACAAAACAUUUAGAAAUUACAAAGUAUUUAUGUUUUACUAAAGAAAUAACUUUGUAUAAAGACUAUAAAAGUCA